UUUUUCCAAGUGCAAAUUUGAGCGGCUGCUGUGUCUUGACGCUGUUCCAUAUUUGAAUUUUAUAUUUGCACCAUGUCGGCAACCAGCAGUGACCAGCUGCACAAAUCCACCUUAUCCGUCUAUUCCAACCUGAUGGAGCAUUUCAACCCGGGCCUUCAGAAGCUCGUCGCUUUGGGAAACAGCUAUGUCAAAGCUUUCCAGGCAUUAGCUGUUUGUAGCGAGGCCUACUUCAGCGCUGUAGCCAAGAUGGGCGACCAGGCCAUUCACACACUAUCUUCUCGAUCUCUCGGGGAUGUCCUGAUCCAGUUAUCUGAGACACAACGAAGACUCACCGCUGAAAUGGAAGGAGUGUUCCGUUGGUUCCAGGUAGAGGUAUUACAAGCCAUGGAGAAGAAAGUCAAGUUGGAUGAGGACUACAUCGAGGGGAGCCGGCGAGUGUAUGAAUUGGAGGUGAGGAACCAGGCGGAGGCUUUGGAGAAGCAGCUAAGACGAGGAGCCUUCAGGGACUCUCUGGAGAGCAGCGACUAUAUGCAGUACUUGAAACAGAGCCAGCAGGAGAUCCUGAAGGAGGAAGAGAGGCGAUAUCGUUUCCUGGCUGAGAAACACUGCGGUUUGGCCCAGUCACUUCUCUUCCUUGUUAACAAGACAGGCAUGGCUCUCCAGCAUAAAGCAGAAGGAUGGAAAGAGAAAGUCAAUGAGACCAGAGGUUCCGGAUCUCGGACUCCCACCAAUUUGGACCAAGAGGCACAGCUGCGAGGCUCCGUGAGCUCCCUGCUCCAGACGGUUGCCAGAGAUGACGACAUGUCCUGGGCCAGGCGCGAGCAACAGGCGCUGGGCAAGGUGCCCUCACGAGCGCCAUCACCCCUGCCCAGCCGCUCUCGCUCCAGCUCGGUGGGGGAAUCUCUGGGUCUAACCGGAGGACGUCCCAUGAAGGCCCUGGUGUCUCAUCCUGCCUCAUCCAACCCCAAGCUGCUGCCUUUCAACCGUGGGGAGACAGUCACGGUGCUGGUCCAGGAACCGCGUAACGGCUGGUUGUACGGCCGCACCGACAGCAGCUUAAGGCAGGGCUGGUUUCCUGCUGCUUAUGUUGGCCCCAAUGAUGAUUUCGACAGUGGCGACUCUCUCCGGAGUAGUAGUAUGAACAACCUGCUGGACCCCGGCGAAACCCGAAACGACCAAUCAGAAAGCAGGAGUUACGGCGACGUCCCUCCGCCGGCAACGCCCAAUCGCAGAGCAUCUGUAGACUUCCGACUCGUCUCUCCGCUUCCUGAGAAGAAGGCGGAGCAGGUGGUGGAGCCGAAACCCGUUCAGACAAAAAUCGUAGGUGAGGCUCCGCCUCCUCCGCCCCCUCUCCCAAAGAGCCUGAAUCUUCAACGGGAAUCUGCGGAUUUGAGACCGGUUUCUCCCGCCAUCGACACACAGGCUUUAUCACCCAACGGCCCACCUGAGCACCCUCUAUUUCCAAGAGGCACAAACCCGUUCGCCACCGUGAAGCUUCGCCCCACCAAGACCGAUGACCGAUCCGCCCCUCGCAUCCUUUGAUGGGGGGGUGGGGGGCAGUUUCGGGGUUUGUACAUGAGCAUGAAACAUUUAAAAGAAUAUUUACGCAGUUUUUAGGUGGAUUCAUUGUUUGGGUGUCACCAUCAUAAUUCAACUCCCGCACU